AUGAAGCUGCCCAUAGUGAUUUUCUGUCUGAGUCUGACAGUAGUCAGUCUCAGCGGCAGAGCACAGGGCAAAAAGGCUGAACAGGAAACGGGAAGAUUUGUGGCAACGAUUCAAACGCCAGCGCCAGCUCCGGCGCCCCCACAAAAGGUUAUAUAUAAGAUCCCAGCACCACCACCUCAUCAUUAUUAUCCACAUCAACCACCCCCACCACCAAUACAGCAUUGCAACUGCCCUCCAGGGCCACCAGGAUUGCCAGGGCUUCCAGGCGAACCGGGACGAAAUGGUGAGAAGGGUGAGAAAGGUGAAAAGGGAGACAAAGGUGAUAAGGGUUAUCCAGGAUUGCCUGGACCUCCUGGAUUGCCAGGUCCACCCGGCAUACCGGCUCCUGUUCCACCUCCACCACCACCUCACCAUCAUCAUCACCACCCACACCCACACCCACCACCAAGUCCACCGCCUCCACCAAGUCCACCACCUCCCAAGGAUCAUCACCAUCAUCAUCAUCAUCCUUCCCCUGGAGUACCCUUUCCUGCCCCAAUUUUUCCCCCGUUUCCUCCUGUUAUAUAUCCUGUUCCUAUCCCGGGUCCUCCCUCGCACAAGGGACAUCAUCAUCAUGAAUCUAAGGGUCAACCAGGGCCACCUGGACCUCCAGGACCUCCUGGUCCUUCAGAUCCACGGCCACCGUAUCCGCCGCCACCGCCACCGCCUCCUCCGUAUCCACCGCAAAUUCCAUGGAUCCCCAUACCCUUCCCUCUGCCAUGGCCUUCAAAAGGGGAUCAUCAUCAUAACAAAGGAGGAAACCAUAAAGGAGGACAUCACAAGGGAGGAGAUCACAAAGGCGGGCACGGCUAUCCAGGCCACGGUUAUCCUGGGCAUGGGUAUCCUGGCGGCGAUCAUCCAGGCCACGGAUAUCCAGGCGGCAAUUAUCCGGGUUAUCCGGGCGGCGGUUAUCCAGGCGGCGGUUAUCCAGGCGGCGGUUAUCCCGGCGGUGGCUAUCCGGGAGGUUAUCCGGGAGGAGGUUUUCCGGGAGGAGGUUUUCCGGGCGGCGGUUAUCCGGGUGGCUAUCCGGGUGGCCCUUUCCCCGGCGGCGGAGGAUCCAACAAUGGAGGACACAACAGCGGAGGAGGUCAUCACAACCACGGCGAAAAUCCUCACUGGAGUGGACACCAUGGCGACGGACAUCAUGGUGAAAAACCGCACUGGAGUGGACACCAUGGCGACGGACAUCAUGGUGAAAAGCCGCACUGGAGUGGACAACAUGGCGAAGGACAUCAUGGUGAAAAACCGCACUGGAGUGGACAACAUGGCGAAGGACAUCAUGGUGAAAAACCGCACUGGAGUGGACACCAUGGCGACGGGCAUCAUGGUGAAAAACCGCACUGGAGUGGACAACAUGGCGAAGGACAUCAUGGUGAAAAACCGCACUCGAGUGGGCACCAUGGCGACGGACAUCACGAAAAGCCUCACGAUAAGCCUCACGCAAAACCUCACGAUAAGCCUCACGCAAAACCUCACGAUAAGCCUCACGAAAAGCCUCACGAUAAGCCUCACGAUAAGCCUCACGGUGAAGGCCAUCAUAAUGAAAAAGGCACAAGUCCACGAGAUGAUCCAGAUGUUGAGAUAGAUUUAGUUGAUGACCUUUUUGACGAGAAUUCCUUGGAACAAAACGAAAAUGAAGAAAACUUCUUUCCCGAACCAGCUGAAGUGGAAUCCGAGAUAGAGAACAUCGAAAAUGCGCUUGAUGAAAUUGGCUUAGAUCCCGUGGAAGGAGAUUUGCCUGAUGUCGAGAACGUAAUCUCUGAGAAUAAUAAUCUGGAGGUCGACGAAUACGAAGAGGCAGAGUCGGAAAAGGAACCGGUAACAGACGACCAAAAUGACACCGACAAUGCUAUUGAGGAUAUAGUUACACCAACUAUGGAGAGCUAUGGGGUUGAGGAGCGAAGCAACAAUCGACCACUUAUUUUGGCCAUAGGCACGCCUCGGAAUCCAUUUCACAUAUAUGCUAUUGACACACAAUUGAGACAAUAAAAAGACACGAAAUUUGCAAA